UGCAAACUGCCAAGUGUUGCGCAGAGAUGGCUGCUGUUGUUGUUGUGAAAAGGCGACCCAGCCGUAAUAAAUGAACACGUAGAGAAAUUAACAAUAUUAGAUGAUAUUAUUCUCUAUCCAAUGUAUAGAAAUACAAUUGUAUUUUAUUUAUGCGAUGAACUAUAUGAAUUGAAUUGGGUUGUUUUGUAUUUUCCUUGAAGCUUUGGCAGUACUGUUGUAUUAACAUUCAUGCCAAUACAGCAAAUUUCAUUUCGACCUAACUUCUCUUCUCCGGGAGAUGGAAGAAUUUAGACAGUUGCAUGGCACUGCGGAGAACCCCCUGCUGCAGUAGUGCAUGGAUCACGUAUAAAAUUCAUCCAGCCAAAGGGAACGAUCACCAACUGUUCACAGUGCGCCGGUCGUAAAGCGACACAACCCAUUGUAGGUAUCGGAGAGGGAAUGGGGUGUUGGGGUGUACAGGGACUGGAGAUCGCUGAGCGACCGGGCACGGUGCGGACGGUCUGUGAUUGUUCCCUCUGGAUGGAUGAAGCACGAUCUGCUGGCAUUUCCUCACGUCUGGGUCCUUCCAGCAUACUGUAGCUGUUUCUGCUGGGAUUUCCAAAGCAGUGUUUCAGGUGUGCUGUCCCAAGUACUUAGUGUAAUCUCAGGCAGGAUGGGCAGGUACAUAUGAUUACCACAUACUCGGGAUGCACUGAAUGAAACAAACAAACAUUUUUAUGCGGUGGCUGCUUUCUUUCCCGACUCUCCAUGGGGUAAACCAUUAAAAAACCCUAAAUACUGCCACCUCAAGUGUGUUUGCUCCUGUUGUCAUCUACGCAGUACUUCUAAGUUGAUCACCCAUAACAGUUACUACAAUUGCACGUGCAAUAUUUUAGAAUGCACACUCAAUUUAGUACUUUCUGAGAUGUUAAUAAAUAAAUCCGGCCCAUAUAUAGUAAUUUGAGAAAUAUAAAACCCUAGUUUUAUUUAACAGAAGCCACGGGUCUCAAGUGUUUAAUGUCAUUUGAACGUAAGCAACUAUAAAAGACCUUUGUCCAAAAAAAAUGCAGUCUAAAUUAAAUCAUGAACUAUGAGAUACUGACACAUUCUCGUUGAUAGUAGUAAUAAUCGCUAUUUACAGGCGUGUUACAUCUUUGUGCCACAUCUCGCCACCAGCCAAGUGGACCAAGUUCUACACUGCUGUUAAUGUGAAACACGUGUACGGCUAUGUGAGCAGAGCAAACCAGUUGAGCUUAGGUAAUCAUGCUGAUGAGCUCAUUGUCUCGUGCUGCGGUUCACUGAAGCCAGAAAAGCAGAUUUAGUGCAAAAAGGUCCUCUGCCGCAGGCGUGUGACCCCCGACUCUCAGCCCCGCCACAGCCAGCUGUCACAUUCUGCUUUGUGCAUGUACUUUUUGGUCUCUUCUACCAUUUGUUAGCGGAGUAGCAUUUUUCACAUCUCUUGCCUUUUUUAAAAUUUUUUAAGAAAAAGUAAAGGUGCACAUGGUAAUCAUAACUUUACCACACAGAACUGACUAGGAUUAACAUUAACAAGUACAGCAAAAUAUAGUUAUAACUUAUUUUAGUAAUUACAACAUACACAAAACAUGUAAAGCACACAAAGCUAAUAAAUAUCUCUGGUAGCAGACAUUGCAAACAGAUGUUAAUGGACAGAAGAUGAACUGGAGCUUUAUGUAAAUAAUGAAUAAUGUUUUCUGUUUGAAUAUAAAUAAAUUUUAACUAUGUUCAAAUAGCCAAUACUCGAAUAAACAGGUGAACUUAUUUUGUUAAUGUGUGUACUGUACGGUCAGAUUACCAGAUGCAAAGUAAAAACAAACAUGGAGGAAAUGAACACAGAGGCUGAGAUUUUAGAGGCACUGUUUGAAUCCUGGCACUGUUUUGGAUUUUACUUUUUAAAUGUCAAAGCAAGGGUUGAUGUGAUAAACGAUGUUUGUUAACUCAAGUGUGGACACAUCUGGAAGAAGAAAUUAGGCUAUCUGUUGCUUUAACUUUCAACCGACUGGAAACAAUCUGACCGAUCAGAGAACCCAGCUAUCAUCCAACUUCAGAGACACACUUUUUAAACAACGUCCUUCUGAAUAACUGAGAGUUACAUUUACCAGCAAUGGAAAAAAUAACCAGAAAUCAUCAAAUACCUGUCAUACUUGAAUAGGAAUUAGAUAUCCCAGUACACACACACGUACACACACGUACACACACACACACACACACACACACACACACUUCCAACUUGUUUCACAUCAUUAAAUCCCAUCAUCCCUCUCCUCAACCGCUGGUGUAAAUAACAUAACAGUGACAGGCUUCCUCGGCUUCACUGUCUGCUGUCAUUUUUAAAAACCUUUCAUACCAGUGUGGUUUCACAUUGGUUGGAAAAACUACAAACCAUCUUUCUGUGUGGAAGAGAAUACUGGCCGGCUUCUCUGGCUCAUAAAACCUUUUGUUUUCAAGGUAAAAACAAGGGUCAGAUCAUGAAAAGCUGACAUUUUAUUUUCCAGUUUAAAAACAAAACGAUUUGAUUCUUAACUUAAUAUUUUAUUAACAGCAAAUAAAUAUUUAAGAUUUUUCUAGCAGAGUGACUGUCUCAGCUACUUUUUUGCCUGUUUGUUUCUCUGCUUGCACUUUCUCCCUCCCUCUGCCUCCACGGCCAUCUGCUAUAGACAGGGGGAAGUGGUGAAUUGUGUGGUGGUGUGUGUGUGUGUGUGUGUGUGUGUGUGUGUGUGGUUUUUUUUUUUUUUUUUUUUAAGUACAGAUGGAAGAGGAUAAAGAGACACGGUUAUCAAAUCUCUGACCUAAUCUCAUCUGGGCAAACUGGAGCAGUGGCAGGAUCCGAAGAUGGGCUUUGGCAUCGCAGUGUCAGGUGGUCGGGAUAACCCCAACGAGGAGAGUGGCGAGGUGUCCAUUGUGGUGUCGGACGUCCUGCAGGGAGGACCGGCUGAUGGCUUGUUGUUUGAGAGUGAUCGAGUGGUGCAGGUGAACGCAAUCCCCAUGGAGGGGGCCACCCACUCCUUUGCUGUCCAGACCCUCAGGAAGUGUGGCAAAGUAGCAAAAAUUACAGUUAAGAGGCCCAGAAAGGUUCCAGUCAAUCUGAUGAAUCGUCCCCCGUCACCUGAUGACAGAGUCUUCAACAACGACUACAAUGAUGAUUACAACUACGAGCCGGAACGCCGCAGUGUGUACAGCGUGCCAGACCACAGCCCAGAGAGGGAACGAGGGAGGGGAGGCUACAUGGAUUCCGGCUACCAAACACGUGAGCGGGAAUAUGACCGCCGGGAACGCGGCAGGAGCACGGAGAGGGACCUGAGCCCGGACCGGCCGUACAGGAGAGACGGCAGCAGAGGUCGCACUUUGGACAGAGAACGCAGCCCGGAUCGGCCCCCAAUGCUCGGACGCGACUACAGCCCAGACAGAAGGUACCGCAGCGAGCGCACGUUAGACCGAGACUACAGUCCAGAUCUGCGGUACCGCAGCGAGCGAGCCCUUGACCGGGAGCACAGCCCAGACAGACGCUACCGCAGUGAGAGAACACUGGACCGCACCAACAGCCCAGACCUGCGGCGCAGACGUGACAGCCACAGCCCGCCUCGAGGCCAACACUCCUUCGAACGAGGACGUGAAUACAUCCCCAGUGACGCCAGGAAGUACGACGAGCCAAUGAAGCGGAGUGGAAGCAGAGACCGUCUGGAACGCUCGCCAUCACCUCCCUCCAUUGCCAUACCUGUGCCCCGCCCUGCCCGGGACCUGGAGCCACUGGAGAAACCCCUGAAUGUACUGCUGCUGAAGAACCGGCCCAAUGAAGAGUAUGGCCUGCGUCUGGGCAGCCAGCUCUUCAUCAAAGAGAUGACCAACACAGGGCUUGCCAACAGAGAUGGGAACUUGCAGGAAGGAGACAUUAUAUUAAAGAUUAACGGUACAGUGACAGAAAACCUGUCUCUCAGCGACGCAGGGAAGCUGAUCGAGAAGUCUCGCGGGAAGCUGCAGCUGGUGGUGCAGAGGGACAGACGGCAGGUGCUGAUCCGAGUCCCCCCGAUGGUCGACAGCGACUCGGAGCUCGAUGAUAUCUCAGAGAUCGAGUCGUACCGCUCCUACUCUCCACAGGAUGACAGGCGGGGCCACCACUCCGACCUCUCCUCCCACUCAUCCAAUGAGAGGCUUAGAGAGAAGCCCAGAGAGGACCCACCCAACAGGCUGGCAAAAAUGGGAGCCAUGCCGACACCAUUCAGAGUUCCCGACCGAGCUGUUGAAGACAUGCCCCCUUUGCAGGCAGAGAGGGAGGAACCGCGCGCAGAAACACCACCAGUACCGGUGGUCACUGUCCCAAAGGUUCGUGCUCCUCCUAAGGUGCCACUGAAGCCGAGCAUAGAGGACCAAGAAGUAUAUGGGCCGAACACAAUGAUGGUGCGUUUCCAAAAAGGUGACAGCGUGGGUCUGAGGCUGGCGGGGGGGAAUGAUGUCGGCAUCUUCAUCGCUGGCGUUCAGGAAGAUAGCGCGGCCGAGCAGGAAGGUCUCGUCACAGGAGAUCAGAUCAUGAAGGUGAACAACAUGGACUUCAGAGGCAUGGUGCGUGAAGAUGCUGUCCUCUACCUCCUAGACAUUCCGAAAGGAGAAGAUGUAACUAUUCUUUCUCAACGGAAACCUGAAGUGUACAAGGACAUUUUAGCAUCUGGCAGAGGCGACUCUUUCUUCAUCAGGACCCACUUUGAGUAUGAGAAGGAGGCUCCUCAAAGUCUUCCUUUCACCAGAGGAGACAUUUUCAAAGUGACAGACACGCUUUAUGAUGGCAAACUAGGCAACUGGCUGGCAAUCCGCUCUGACAAAGACAACCAGCUGUUGGAGAAAGGAAUUAUCCCCAACAAGAGCAGAGCAGAGCAAAUGUCCAACGCCCAGAAUGCUGCUCGGGCAGCAUCAGGCAACGACAGAGGAGACUUCUGGAGGUUGAGAGGUCAAAGGGCCGCAAAGAAGAAAGACAUGCGCAAGAGCAGAGAGGACCUGAGCGCAGCUCCGGUCACAACACGAUUCCCUGCCUACGAGAGAGUGGUGUUACGUGAAGCUGGUUUCAGGAGACCUGUGGUGAUAUUUGGCCCUAUUUCCGAUGCAGUGAAUGAAAAACUGGCCAACGACAUGCCGAACAUGUUUGUCGUCGCCAAAACGGAGCCGAAGGAUGCAGGAAGUGAAAAAUCCUCCGGAGUAGUGAGACUAAACACCAUCAGACAAAUCAUUGAACAGGACCGCCACGCUCUGCUGGACGUGACUCCCAAAGCUGUGGACACUCUGAACUACACCCAGUGGUAUCCCAUUGUCAUCUUUCUGAACCCAGACAGCAAACAAGGCGUCAAGACCAUGAGGAACCGCCUCGUACCCGGCUCUUCCCGCAGUGCACGCAAACUGUAUGAGCAGGCGGUCAAGCUGAGGAAGACCUGCUCACACCUUUUCACUGCGACAAUCAACCUGAACUCUGCCAACGACGCAUGGUACGGCAGCGUGAAAGAUUCCAUUCAGGAGCAGCAGGACAGAGCUGUGUGGGUGUGUGAGGGCAAGUUGGACGGUUCAGAGGAGGACCUGGAUCUCCAUGACGACCGCAUGUCCUACCUAUCAACGAUGAGCGCAGACUACCUGAGCAUGGACAGCCGCCUGAACAGCGACUACGAAGACACAGCGGAUGAGGGCGGGGCUUACACUGACAAUGAGCUGGACGAGCCAUUGGACGAGCUCCAGCCGGUGUCGGCCAUCAGUCGAUCAUCUGAGCCCGUACUGCCAGAUGAGAAACCUCACCCUGAACCCCGGGUUCGUAUAAGAAGGGCAGGGAGCAGGGAGAAGACAAACAGAGAGCCCAGCCCUCCCCCUUCUUUUGUCCCUGAACCCCCAAAGGUGCGGGCUCAGACUCGGACUGAGUCAUCACGCAGCUAUGACUCACACUCCAGCAGCACCAUCAGUAGUGACGCAGCGGGCGGAAACAAGCCGCCUCCCCCUCCUGUGGCCCAGAAGCCCCCCGUCACCCGUCUGAACCAGCCGGAGGAGGAGGACCCCGCCGCAACAUCCUUCCUGGGCAAGAUCAAAGCUUUUGAGAAGAUGGACCACCUGGCCCGAGCUCAGAGACUCCUGGAGCUGCAAGAAGCAGAAAAUGCUCGAUUGGAAAUUGCACAGAAGCAUCCAGACAUCUACGCCGUCCCAGUCAAACUGCCAAAGCCCAACCUCAACCGUCCUCAGCCAAUAGGUUCAAGCUCCAAUCCCGAGCAGCAGGCUCCGUUCAGGCCACCGUACUCCGAGACCAGAGGACACGAGGACGACGAGGCCGAGUACCGCAGACAGCUGGCCGACCAGACCAAGAGAGGGUACUACAAUCCUCAGAAAUACAAAGACACGGAGCUGUAGGUCGGGAAACCAGGACGUGACAUCACCGCUGCACGCGGCUGGAUUCCUCCCGCGUCAUCGCUACAAGCAAACAGCGCUCGCUGCCUUGGUAACGGCUUAGGCAGCUUUACCUCUUUACCUUUUACAUCAAGGUAAACUGUCAGAGCUUUGGUUGUAGUCACAUUCCUGCGAAGAUUUCAGCACUACUUUCAGACACUUUUCAGCACUGCUGUCUCACUACUGUACAUGUUGUACAAAAGCCGUACGCUGAUCCCUGCGACAAUAUUCUUAUGAAGUGUGAGGUUUUAUUUUUCCCCGCUACAUUAACACCUAGCCCCAGUUGUUGUAUCUCGUGUAUAACCAUUGCAUUUGAAAGAGCAAAGCAUGUUUUUCUGAAAGAUAAAUACCCCCACAUCUUUUUUUUUUGUUUGUUUGUUUGUUUGUUUGUGAAUCCACAAAGACUCUUCUAAACAUCUGGAAGAAAACUAUUAUGUCCCCUGCACAAGACAACCGCCAUAUUUCCUUGCUCAUUUUGUAAAAACGUGAUGUUGUGUAUAACAUCAGAACACUAAGGAACAAUACAGACAGCUUCUCAUACAUAUUGACUAAGGACAUAUGACCGGCUACUCCAGCUACCUUUGUUUUGAUUAUGAAGCAAUCACAACUUCUAAGCUCAAAAGCUUAAUCGUGCAGCAGAUUAAAUCUUUUUUUUCACCCAGGUAGUUCGAAGAGUCUUUGAGGAUUCUGGAAAUACCUUCAGAACAUCUGUAUGUGUUGUUAGAUGACCAUUUGGGUUUUUCAAAGAUCACUAGGUAUAUAUUUUUCCUUAAAACUGAUGCUUUACCUCCUACACCAUGCUGCAACCAAAUCUUAGAUACGGUACUGUAGACUGUGUACAGUAUCUAGACUCUGGUUUUACAUCUUAUUACCAAGCUUUUUUUUUUUCCCCAUUCAUUGUUACAGCAGGCAUGUUCAUACAGUAAUGAAGUGUUUCAGUGUGGGUUAUGCACUCUGUCAGCAGCUGCUCUGAUGUAAUAGGUGUUAAACUUCCUCUUCUUAUCACUCUCCUGCCAAGUCUUCUCUGGUUUAUUGUAAGCCUCUACAUUCCUGAUUGGACAUCUGUAUAUACACUACACCGUGUAUUUUUGGUGCAUUCUGGGAAGCGGCAUAUUUUCAAGUGCCUUGUAGCUCAAGGCAUUGAUGAACUUGUUCUUGCAUAUAUGUUUUUUGUAUUAAAUAUACAGUGAACUCAGUUGCGUCUUUGUACAGGGGAGCAUCUGGAAUGUGGUGAUGACAAUCAUGUUUGAUCAGUUUCUUGUCUUUUAGUUUGUGAUUUUUCUCUUUUUUUUUGUUUGUGUUCUCCUUAGUGUUACAGAACAGACACAAUUCAAAUAAAUGAAUCUUUUUUUUUUUACACUGUG